AGAUGCAACUGGCUUGUGUUAUAGUACGCUGCAGGCCAAAAUAAGCUGAAGCACAUGCCUCCGGGCUGGCAGCCGAAACCUUUGCUCGGCAACUCCGCACAAACCGGGCCCGGCCUAUCCGUUAAUCUACCCCGCAACGGCUGUCCGGACGAAGAACCCCGCGCUGGCGCCCCGAGAGAACAUUCACCCCGACGGCGCUCCUUCGCUUUGUUUUUAGGGAGUUCACUCCUCCCGAAUGCGUUUCCCAUCGCCAGCGGGCCUGCGACUCCAGAGUGUGAAGGACACCGGCCUGAAAAUGGCCACCCAAAUACCCUCCCUCCCGGAGACGGAGCGGCUCGCACCGGCCUGCAUCCGCAUCCUCGGCGGCAAUCCCGGCAAGUUUACCCUCCAGGGCACCAACACCUACCUGCUCGGCACCGGUCCCUCGCGCAUCCUCAUCGACACGGGCGAGGGCAGGCCAUCCUGGCUGGCCACGCUGCGGCGCGUGCUGAGCGAGGAGCGCGCGUCCCUCGCGUGCGCGCUCGUCACGCACCGGCACCACGACCACACGGGCGGGAUCGCCGACCUGCUGCGGGCCUGGCCCGGCACCGCCGUGCACAAGCACCGUCCGGAGCCCGGGGCCGGCCUGCUGGACAUCGCGGACGGGCAACGGUUCAGCGCCGACGGCGUUACGCUCACGGCCGUGCACACCCCCGGCCACACGGAGGACCACAUGGUGUUCUUCUGGGAGGAGGAGAACGCGCUCUUCACGGGGGACAACGUGCUCGGGCAUGGGACGAGCGUGUUUGAGGAUCUGGGCCUGUACGUGGCCAGUCUGGAACGAAUGCGCGGGCUCUUCUCCCCCCCGGAGAAGGCGGGAAGCAAGGAGCCGGUCGCGUACCCUGGCCACGGCGCCGUGGUGAGCGACGGGCCGGGCAAGAUCGACGAGUAUAUCCGGCAUCGGGCGCAGCGGGAGAUGCAGGUCCUGCAGGCACUCCGCGGUGAUGACGGGGACGGGGACGGGGACGGGGACAGGGACAGGGGGAAGGUGAGAGAUGAAGAUGGAAAGGGAAACGGACACAGCGAUGGCUGGACGGUCAUGGAGCUAGUUCGGAGUAUCUACCGAGACGUUCCCGAAAGCCUGCACCCGGCAGCUGCCGGCGGCGUUGUACAGAUUUUGCAGAAGCUGCAGCGGGAAGGGAAGGUUGAAGCGGUGGGAAGCGGAGAGAGGUGGAGGCUUGCCUGGGGCUCAGGUCGGUCCGCUUUAUGAGGUUGCCGUACCCGCGGCUAUCCGUGCUA